GUUUUGACUCAGAGAAUGGUCCUUCGCCCGGCCGCAGCCCCAUGGAUUCGCAGGCGAGUCCUGUGCUGGGGCUGCACCCCUCCUUUACCACAGAGGGGUGCAGGAGUCGCGGGGAGCGCAGGGAGUCCUUCCUGUACCGAUCAGACUCUGACUAUGACAUGUCCCCCAAGACCAUGUCACGUAACUCCUCCAUCAACAGUGAGGGGCAUGCAGAAGAUCUCAUAGUCACCCCUUUUGCUCAGGUGUUGGCCAGUCUACGAACUGUAAGAAGCAACUUCACCAUCCUCGCCAAUGUCACGACACCCACUAACAAGAGGUCACCAGUGACAAGCCAACCCACUGUUCCCCAGGCAACACUCUCUGAUGAGACGUACCAGCAGAUGGCAAGGGAGACUCUGGCUGAGUUAGACUGGUGUCUGGACCAGCUGGAGACCAUCCAGACCCACCGCAGCGUCGGUGACAUGGCCUCCAACAAGUUUAAGAGGAUGUUGAACCGGGAGCUGUCUCACCUGUCAGAGAUGAGUCGUUCAGGGAACCAGGUGUCUGAAUACAUCUCCACUACCUUCCUGGAUAAGCAGAAUGAGGUAGAGAUCCCGUCUCCGACCCUGCGGGAGCGGGACCGGGACAAGCCCAUGUGUCAUAUCAGUGGAGUGAAGAAGCUGACACACAGCUCCAGCCUGUCCAUCAACACCACCAUGCCACGCUUCGGAGUCAAGACGGAACAGGAGGACGCACUGGCCAGGGAGCUGGAUGACUUGAAUAAGUGGGGCCUUAAUAUCUUUCGUCUGGCUGAGUUCUCCAAUAAUAGGCCUCUCAGCUGCAUCAUGUUCGCCAUCUUCCAGGAGAGGGAUCUGUUGAAGACGUUUCAAAUCCCUGUCGACACCUUCGUGACCUACGUUAUGACCCUGGAGGACCACUACCAUGCCAACGUGGCCUACCACAACAGCCUCCACGCCGCUGACGUCACACAGUCCACCCACGUCCUGCUGUCCACACCGGCUCUGGACGCUGUGUUCACUGAUCUGGAGAUCCUGGCUGCGUUAUUUGCUGCUGCCAUCCAUGAUGUGGAUCAUCCUGGCGUGUCCAACCAGUUCCUCAUCAACACCAACUCGGAGCUGGCUCUGAUGUACAACGAUGAGUCAGUCCUGGAGAACCACCACCUGGCCGUGGGCUUCAAGCUACUCCACGAGGACAACUGUGACAUCUUCCAGAACCUCAGCAAGAGGCAGAGACAGAGCCUGCGCAAGCUCGUUAUCGAUAUGGUGUUGGCGACAGAUAUGUCCAAGCACAUGAGUUUGCUGGCUGAUCUGAAGACCAUGGUGGAGACGAAGAAGGUGACCAGUUCAGGAGUGCUCCUGCUCGACCACUACACUGAUCGCAUCCAGGUGCUGAGGAACAUGGUGCACUGUGCGGACCUAAGUAACCCCACCAAGCCCCUGGUCGUGUACAGAGAGUGGACUGAGCGCAUCAUGGAGGAGUUCUUUAGACAGGGGGACAAGGAGAGGGAGAGAGGCAUGGAGAUCAGCCCUAUGUGUGACAAACACACUGCUUCUGUGGAGAAGAGUCAGGUGGGCUUCAUCGACUACAUCGUGCACCCUCUGUGGGAGACGUGGGGGGACCUGGUGCACCCUGACGCCCAGGACAUCCUUGACACUCUUGAGGACAACAGGGACUGGUACCAGAGCACCAUCCCCCAGAGCCCCAUCUCCCCACCCCCAAUCCCCCUCGGCCCAGACAAGAGGCUCAACGCCUGCAUCGACAAGUUCCAGUUCAAGCUCACCUUGGAUGAAGACACGGAGGGAGGACAGGAGGAGGAAGAAGAGGAGGAGGAGGAGGAGGAGGAGGAGGAGGAGGAGGGGAAAACCACCCCCAAUCACAUGGUGCUGGACUGCAGUCAGGGAGAGGAGGAAGACAAGAAAGAAGAGGGGGAAGGAGAGGACGUGGUAAAGGAUGAAAGGGAAGGAGACAUCAUCGAGGAGGAAGGGGAACUAGGGAUGGAGGAGGAGGAGGAGAAGAGGGGAGUUCUUCAGCGAGCUCAGUCAGGGGUGGAGAUACAAUCUGACACAAGCCCCGUGGAGGACGAGGAGGAGGAAGACUCCUCCUCACCAGCUGAUGACACAUGAGUUCCGCUCCUCUCUCCCUGGCCACACCCCACAUUCACACACCACGCCCCUGUUUACCAUCCUUUAUUUCCGAUGGCCAAAACCCAAUAUCAAAUAAGACUACAUAGACAAUAGACCUUUAAAUCUAUUUUUCAAAAAGGGAACACAAAUAAUAUUGCUUAAAGAAAAGCUAUUUACACAGCAACUGUAGAUUUGGAGCUGGAGGUGUUUCUUCCAGCUGAUGCUUGAGGAACUGCUAUGAGGACAAAGCGGAACAUAGAGAAGCAUUAAUAAUGGGCCAUUGAAGACAGCGUAGCACUGGAACUGAAACACACACACAUAAACAUGCACAAACUCACCUCCACACACAAACACACCUCACUCACACACUUUGAUUCAUGGAAGAAAAAAAACUCUGAAGUCUACACACGAGAAUGUGUGUGUUUGUGUGUUUGCGCGUGCCUAUGUGUGCGUGUGUGUUUAGAGGAAUCUGAUUGGUAACAAAUCUCUUUGGAAAAAGCCAUCUCUAUAUGGAGUAUUAACUAGCGUCAGUCAGUAUUACUAGUUCAUGUUUGUUAGAAUUCAACAAGAACUCUGUUUUUUUCUGAGUGACUUAUUUUCCAUUUCUGUCGGAAAGAAGACUACAGAUAUCUAUCUAUAGAGGAGGAGUGGAGCGAGAAAAGAAGAGAGGAUUAAGUUUAAUAAAGAAAGGAAGAUGCUGUGAUGAGGGGACCUGAGGGUCCCGCCUCCAUUUUCCCAUUUUCCCUUUAAGAAGAAGUGCUACCGGUACAAGAUGGCUGUGUGCCUUUCUGGAAACACCAGCUCCUGAAACAUGGAGCUGUCGUGAAGCAGUGCAUCGUGGGACAGGAGUGUCAGCUUUUGUCUUUAUUUUAGAUUGUCUCUUGUUCAAAUAUCUAUUGUAACUGUUAAUGAUUUAGUGUGUGUGUGUGUGUGUGUGUGUGUGUGUGUGUGUGUGUGUGUGUGUGUGUGUGUGUGUGUGUGUGUGUGUGUGUGUGUGUGUGUGUGUGUGUCACAUGCUCAGUAUGUUUCUGUGGUGACAGGUUUUCAGCUGUAAGUCUUCCUUUGUUGCUUUUCAAGUUGAUGAGACGUUUCAGAACUCGUAGAUAAGGAGCAGUCACUAUCACUACACCACGACACCUGCUGCUUGUGGACUCUCCAGUUUUUACAUAUGAAAAUUAUUUUACUUUUUUACUUUCUGAGGAUAAGCCAUGUGAUACUUUACACUAUAUGUUCUGCCUGUUUUCUAUUUUUUAUUGUUUUUGCUAAAUAUGUUUGAAGGAUUAGGAUAAUAUCAUCAGCAGCACAAAUUCACAUUUUGUCAUUUACCCACUCACAAUGUAUUUAUUCACCAGUCUCUUCUCACUUACUGCAUCAGUUGUCACCAAAGCAACAGAUUGGAAACUGAUGAGGGGAGAGAUGCUUUGACGGGGCAGACUGAGAGGAUUUUGUCAGGGUGAUUUCAGGAUUGGAGGGAAUCGAAAGAACGAGCUUGGCCAGAAAGGAGGCUGUUCAGACAGUCACACACAGCCAUUCUUGUUAUGUUUUAAGCUUUUCUGCCUUAAUGUCAAAUGCAGGAUACAUACCUGCAACUAUGUAGAUUUAUAAGAUAAAUUCUAAAUAUCCUAGUAUAUUUAUACUAUGUCUGUAUGCCUCUAUAUGUGAGUGUCUGUGUGUCUAUACACAAUGUACCCAGCAUCUACAUAUGGUCAGGGACAAUAUUAAGAAUGUGUUGUAGAUAGAUAGAUAGAUAGAUAGAUAGAUAGAUAGAUAGAUAGAUAGAUAGAUAGAUAGAUAGAUAGAUAGAUAGAUAGAGAGACAUUUAGAGAGAGAGAGAGAGACAUUUAGAGAGAGAGAGAGAGAGAGAGAGAGAGAGAGAGAGGGGGAGGAGAGAGAGAGAGAGAGAGAGAGAGAGAGAGAGAGAGAGAGAGAGAGAGGAGGAAGAGAGAGAGAGAGAGAGAGAGAGGAGGAAGGGAGAGAGAGCUCUUCUUGUGUGUCAUCACGCACUAGAGUCACCAUCCUGGCUGUAUGAGGACAUGGUCACGGGAUUGAUCAGCACACAGCUUAAAUAGGUCUCAGUUUAACUUGGAGUUGUUCACAGGGUAAAAAACAACAACAUAAGUAUAGCUGGUUUCUGCUGGUCGGUAACGUAGCUCGUCUAAAGAACAGCUUGUGCCUGAUGGAACAGAGGCCUGAGAUCCAUCCAGUCCAGCUCUGUGAUUGGCUGGAGCAGCAUUGCGGUGUCACUGCACAGGCCUUUAAUUGUUGGAAUGGGAAUCCAACAUUACUGUCUCAGUACCUGGAAUAGGAGAUUCCCAUGAAGCUUCCCUCUGUCUUUGAAGAUAUACGGCUUUGUUUAUCUGGCUUUUUGUUUUUUCAUGAGCUAUAAAAACAAAUAAAUAAUGAAUUGCCAUUUUAACACAA